AUGCAAUUCUCUCUAUUCCUCUCCGUUGUAUUCACAACCGCCGUGGCCGCUCAGUCUACUAUUGCUAUUGUCUAUCUUGACCCCCAAUUCGCAGGGCUAUCUCAGCAAAUUAUUUCUACAGAACAAUGUGUUCCUAUCGAUCCUAACACUAUGCCCCCAGAGGUCGGGUCUAUUCAGGUAGCGUCAGGUGUCCAGUGUACAACCUACUUUGACCCUGCUUGCCAGAAUCCCAACCAGCACCUCUUGGGUACCCUAUCCAACAUCCCGGGCUCGCCCGAUGCACAGUCUCUACUUUGCCAGCGGGCUCAAUGA